CUUUAAAAGCAAGAGUGGUUGCCCUCGCUAAGAAGCUCUUUGUCUCUUUUUAGUACUCCUUAUCUCACUUGCUUAUCUGAAACCAUAUUUCAUCAUCUUCUUCUCCAAAAGAGAAAAAAAUGAAGAGAAUGGAUCUGUUCUGUGCAUCGCCCGCGUCCACUGCGAUAUGCACGAGCUUGGACCAACGUUCUAUGGUCCGACACGGAACCACUAGGCCCAUCGACCGCCACAACCGACACCACCCCCACCACCCCCACCACCACCACCAGCUUCGAGAUCGCCGGAAACACCACCUGAUCACCGGGCACGUGCCUUGUUCCUCCCACCAACUGCCCUUCACUCCGAGGCCUUAUUCCGAAAAGCCCAGGAAGAGCACUGGCUCGUCGUCCACGAAGCUGAUCACCAGUAGCGAUCACAACCAGCACAUCCGCAGGAAAAGCUCAGCUGACGUUUACGACCUCGCGAGUGGCACCCCUCAUGGUUCAGCCAGAUAUUUGCUGAGCGACAGGCCCUUCGUCGACUGCGUUUCAGAGUCGGCUCGGGUCUCGUCCGCAUUGGUACCCGUUCCACAAGUCAAUAACGAGACGAAGUGCCAGGUCGGGUCCAACGAUUCUCCAUCUCUCAAAGCCUCUAAUUCGGCUCGCUCUCGCGACCAGGUUGUGGUUUUGAGUGUGUCGCUGCACUGCAAGGGAUGUGAGAGCAAAGUGAGGAAACACUUGUCGAAAAUGGAAGGAGUGACGUCGUUCAGCAUCGACAUGGAGACGAAGAAAGUGACGGUGAAAGGAGACGUGACGCCUUUAGGUGUUCUGACCAGCGUCUCUCGGGUGAAGAAUGCUCAGCUCUGGCCAUCUUCGACAACCUCUUCUUCACCUUCAUGGUCCUCCUGACCUAAUCAAAUCCACUGAUUAGUCUCUGAUGAUAUUUCCCUUUCUGUCUAAAUGAAUUCCCAGGUUAGAGUUCCUAGAAGAGCCCCCGUGUGUGUAAUUUUUCCAUAAAUCUCAAACAUGUAUGGCCGUGCUUUGUAAAUUAUAUUUGAAAAGAAACGUUGUGUGUCCACAUGGUCAGAAUCUUGAUCUAUGUACAUGUUUGAAUUAAAGAUAGUAAAAAAGACCUUAGAGGUCUGCUUGGUAUUGGC